GGGGCUCUGCCGGCUGCGCUCCUUAGUUUCUGCGAACUUUUGGAACACAAGCCUACUUCUUUCCUCCACACAGUUAGGCAAGAAUUAAUUUGCCAAGUGUGUGUUCCAGGCAAGAAGAGAUCAGGCCGUGAAGAGAAAAUAACCCAAAAUUUCAGCUGAUAACUGUUCCAAUCAGACACAGGAGAGGAUGUCUGUGAAUCCAAGUCGACCUUCUUCAUCGGAGCUCGUGGAACUUCAUGUUUUUUAUGUCCCUGAAGGAUCAUGGAACUAUAAGCUAAAUACCAUUUCAAUAGAAGUUGCUAACAAAUUCAUUUCAGCUGGAUUUAUAAGAGUAUCUCCUCACCUUACUUUACAAGCCCUGAGGGAACGUCUUGGUGAGUUUCUCGGUGAAGAUGCUGUUGCAGAAAAAUUCUUAUUUCUGAAAUGCAUUGGAAAUAAUUUAGCUGUGGUAAAGGAAAAACAAGAAUCAGAACUGAAACUCAAAUCAUUUGCUCCUCCAUAUGCUCUUCAACCAGAAUUGUAUUUGCUUCCUAUAAUGGACCAUUUAGGAAAUGUAUAUUCAGCAUCAACAGUUACUGUAGAUGAGCGGCAGAGUAAUAAUGAUGUUGCUGAGGUUGAUGGAACAGUUCUCAGACCAGUUAGUAUAACUUUGUCAAAAGAAGAAUCUGGAAGAGAUCCCAGUUUGUUAGAAAACACUUUGAAAGAACUUCUUAACAAGAAUCAGGAAGAAGCUGGGGAAAAAGACGUUCGAAAACAAAGCCAGACUGCACAAAAUCAAAUUGGAAAUUCUGAGUUGCCAGGAUCAUUGGAAGAUUCAGAUAAUGAUUAUUGUAGCAUUAAAAAAAGUCAGUUUAUUUGGAAAGAUGAUGAUGAUGCAGCUCUCAGAAGACAGAACGAUCAGACAGGUGAAAAAGAUUAUAUCAGCCCACCAGAUCUUAUUAAUUUUCCUUCACUUGCUUGUCAACCUGCUAUUUCUUCAGCAAUAACUGAUCCCUCUUUUUCACAGAUUGAAAGAGAGAAGAUUGUUGAACAAAUGAAACAAGUAAAAGAAGAAAGAAGACAUCUGGAAAGAAUUAGAGAAGUACUAUUAAAAAAAGUUGAAAAAUUAUUUGAACAAAACAAAUUGAAACGAUAUCAUGCCUGUGAUAGUUGGAAGAAAAAAUACCUUGAGACUAAGAAAGUUACAGCAUCAUUGGAGGAAGUCUUAACAAAGCUUCGAGAAGAUUUGGAACUUUACUAUAAAAAAUUGCUGAUGCAACUUGAAGCCAGGGAGAUCAAGAUGAGACCAAAAAAUCUGGCAAACAUCUCAGACUCCAAGAAUUACCUUAUAAUCCAAAUCACAGAGGUACAGCAUGCAAUUGACCAACUUAAGAGAAAAUUGGAUACUGACAAAAUGAAACUCAUAAUAGAAGUUAAGAUGAGAAAACAAGCAGUUUCAGAUUUACGAACACUGAAAGCUGAACUGGCACAGAAAAAAAUUAAUCCAUCUUUACAGUCUCAAUUAGUUCCUGGAAAUGUGCAUAGCUAGAUCAACAGAUGAUUUUGUUUGUGAUAAAUCAGUCAAAUGAAAAGCUAAAGUCUGAUUAUGGGGAGCGUUGGCUGCUGCGAUACAUUGUGACCAGAUCUGACUUUGUUCAUCAUAUGACAUCACAAAGAGAAAGUCACAAGCAUCUGCAAUUCCAGUGUAGUUAUAACACCUUCUGUC